AAUACAUUUUAAAGUAAGUUUAGUUAACCAGUCAUCAGGAUUGACGAACAAGAAAGUUUAUAUUUAUAAUAUAUAAUAUUUAAAUUGUAGCCAUUCAUCAAUAAUUAUCUUUAAAAUGAGUAAAGCAAUAAUUAUAUUAGUUAGUCUGAUUCUAGCCUGUGAGUUGAUUCAAUGUGAAUCGGACAAGCAAAGUCCUGUAUUGCAAAUUGCCAAUGGACAGAUCAAGGGAAGAUUGAAACAGUUUCGUGGGAUUGAAGUACAGCAAUAUUUAUGUAUUCCUUAUGGUGAACCUCCUAUCGAUAAGUUACGAUUCAAAAAGCCAUUACCGAAAUCAGCCUGGGCCAAUGUUUUACCUGCCGAUGAAUGGGGUCCAUAUUGUCUUCAACCAAAAUACUGGACAACAGGAAAAGGUUUAAAUUAUUCAGAAGAUUGUCUGUGUCUCAAUGUAUUUACAACCUCAGUUGCCAUUGAAGACGCUAAACAAGGCAAUGAUGAGCUUCGACCGGUUAUGGUUUGGAUUCAUGGUGGAGCAUUCAUUUUUGGUUCAGCCAAUAAUCCAGAUCAGUUUGAUGGAACGGCAUUAGCUGCUUUGGAGGAUGUGGUUGUUGUAACAAUAAACUAUCGUCUUGGUGAAUUUGGUUUCUUACAUUUACCCGAAGCUGGAGUUCCUGGUAAUAUGGGUCUUUGGGAUCAACAGUUGGCUUUGAAAUGGGUUCAAGAUAAUGCCAAAUACUUUGGCGGUGAUCAAAAUAAAGUAACAAUAUUUGGUGAAUCAGCUGGUUCAAUUUCGGUAUCAGCUCACAUAGUAUCGCCCCAAUCAAAAGGCUUGUUUAAAAAUGCAAUUAUGCAAAGUGGUUCAAUCUAUGAUAUCAAUCGAUGGACAGUUAAAAAUUUGUCUCAGACCUUUCUCGCCAAGAUUGGCUGUGUCCCUCCAAAUGAUAUCAACCAAUGUUUAUCCUUAUUUGAUUAUAACAAAAAUCCUGAAACACAAUUUUUAUGGUUUUGGCCAAUUGUGGGUGAUGAAUUUUUACCCAAAUUACCUGAGGAAAUAAUUGAAACUAAAGGUGUUGAUCCAUCUAUCAAUGUCUUGCUCGGAACAGUUGGUUAUGAAGGAGCUAACAUGAUUGUCAUGAAAGAUCCAAUAACUUUCCACCCAACCAGCCCUGCCAAUCUAACUCUAAUCCAGGCUAAAAAAAUUUUAAACCAUUUACUUGGACCUUCAAGUUGUGAUUAUUUUUUUGAAAAAUACUCUUACAAUACAUCUUCAAGUGAUGAGAUUCGGUUAAUGGUGACCAAGAUUAUUGGUGAUGUCAUCUUGACGUGUCCAACUUAUGUUUUUGGUAAAGAUUUGGUUCAAAAAAAUGGAUUGUCAAAUGUUUAUGCUUAUUAUCAAAGCUAUAAGCCAACUAUAACAUUACUCGGAACUGAUAUCAGUAAAUGGAUACCAGCAAGUCAUGGUGAUGAUAUCUUGUUAGUUUUUGGUCAUCCUUUAGCUGAACCUGAAAAAUAUUCCUCUGACGACUUGAUACUUUCACAUUUCAUGGUAAACAUUUGGGCAACAUUCGCUAAAACAGGAGAGCCAUUCUCUAUCGGACCUCAUAGAUGGUCGAAAUGGACCGAGAAAGAAGAUAAAGUUACUACUUUCACAAUGGAAUUGAAUCCUCAAAGCAUUGGCCCGAUUGAUGGUGUAGUUAGGCCUUGUCUCGAUAAUUGGCCUUUCCCACUGGAGAAACCAUACAAUCUUAAUAGUGAAAUUGGUAAACUACUCGAGCUUAAAUAACUUUUGAUUUACUUAAAUCAGUUGGUUGGUAAGCAUUAAUCUGGUAAUUUGACCAGCUCUGCACAGAUCAAAACCAUUGAAGAAGGAUAUCUGUCCUACAAAUUCAAUUCAUUAGAGAGGUAUUGACAGUUUCGAAUCAUCACCAAUGAGCUUCACAACUAACAAUACUUUUAAUGUUAAUCUAAUUCUUGAAACCAUUGAACCUGUGUGAUGGUUCGGCAAUUUUUUUUGUCCACUUAUGAGUUGAAGAUUGUGAGUUUCAUCUCGUAAAUAAAUCAGAUUAAUUAAUCAAA